CCCGGCCACCCGACCAAAUCAUCGACCAUCAACUUUCGAAGGCAAUGGCAGUGACCCGUUCUGGCCAACCAAACCAGCAACCUCAGCCCAGUCAAGUUUCUAUCGGGAAAAAACCAAUGACUUACUCUCAGCAAAAUACUCAGCAACAACCGCAGUCGACGGCUCGACCCAGUGCGCGUGCCCAGUCAAAGGCGCCGAUUCCACCUCAUGCAUAUGCUCAGCAGCAGGCAGGGCAGCAACCUGGACAUAACCAAUCUGGGAAGCACCGGUCGUCUGGUACUGGAGGAGGCACUGGAGGAGGCACUGGGUCAGGUGCCACCUCUACUCCCAAGAACAAUAGCAAGAUAUGGAGUACGAGUACGACUGAGGAGAGAGAAAGGAUCAAAGAAUUUUGGCUGGGAUUGGGAGAGGAAGACCGAAGGAAUCUGGUCAGGAUCGAAAAGGACACAGUGUUGAGGAAGAUGAAGGAACAACAGAAACAUAGUUGCUCCUGUGCGGUCUGUGGGCGGAAGCGGAAUGCAAUAGAGGAAGAGCUCGAGGUACUGUACGAUGCUUAUUACGAAGAGCUAGAACAGUACGCGAACUACCAGCAGCGAUACCUCAGUUCUGGCGGUGCCCUUUCACCACCCCCUGGCCCGGGUCCUUUUCCUGGCUCGGUUGAGCUUGACAAGAACGGCGCGGUAGUCGGUCACCCAUACGUCCCGCAUCCACAACAACAGCAAGGCAAGCAUCCUCCUGGAAGAGGAGCAAACAAUGUCGCAAAUCCCAAGAGCACCCCGCAGGUCAACGGUCGGGGAAGACACCCUCAGCAACCCCAUCACAGACAGCCUCACAUUCACCCUCAUCAACAUCCACAUCCUCGAAUGGAAAGCGAGUUUGAUGAUGAUGAUGCAGAUGAUGAUGAGUAUGAAGAGGAGGAAGAGGAGUACGAAGAGGAGGAAGAGGAAGAGGAGGAAGAGGAGGAAGAGGAGGAAGAAGAGGAAGCCGUGCCGGAAGAAGACUAUGCUCACGGAGGGAAAGGCCAACAACGAAGGCGACCACCAGGGAAUCCUCCAACAACGAAUCCAAACAACGAUCGAAAUGCUACCGCGAAAGCUGGGCAAGUGAACGGUGUCGCUGCCAAGGGCACUUCCGGGAAAGAUGGCUUGUUCAAUCUUGGGAGUAGUCUAGCCGUGGCCGGACCGGGAAAUAUUCUCACUGUUGCAGACGACCUACUCAAGAACGACGGUCAAAAGUUCCUGGAAAUGAUGGAACAGUUGGCAGAGCGACGGAUGCAGAGAGAGGAAGACGCUGCCAAAGGUGUUGCAGAAGACAGCGAAGACGAUGAUGAGGGUGAUGAGGAUGAGGACGAUGAUGAAGACGAGGACGAGGACGAGGAUGAGGAUGAGGAUGAGGACGAGGAGGAAGAAGAGGUCAUGACAGAAGAACAAAAGAUGGAGGAAGGCAAACGCAUGUUCAGUAUCUUCGCCGCGCGGAUGUUCGAGCAACGCGUGCUACAAGCAUAUCGGGAGAAAGUUGCUCAAGAACGGCAGUUGCAACUCUUGCGUGAGCUUGAAGAUGAGGACAAGUUAUCCAAGGAGCGGGAGGCCAAGAAACAGACUGCAAACCAAAGGAAAAAGGAUAAGAAGAGACAACAGAAACUCGCUAAAGAGGAGGAAAAGGCGAAAAAGGAGGUAGAGAAGGCUGCUGAAGAAGCAACUCUCAAGGCCAAACAAACCGCCCUUGAGGAGGAACAGCGAAGGAAGCGGGAAGAGGAACGCGCGAAACGUGAGCUUGCACGUAAGGCGCAGGAGGAGGAGAAACAGAAGAAGGAAGAGGAACGGCGGAAACGUAUCGCUGAGGAGAAAGAGAGGGAGGCUGAGAAGGAGCGCAAACGCAAAGAACGGGAGGAGAAACUGAAGGCCGAGAGGCGAGAAAAGGAGGAACGGGAUAGAAAAGCUAAAGAGGAACGGGAAGAACGGCUGAAGGCAGAAAAAGCAGAAAAAGCCGCGGUUGAAAAGGCUCGACGCGAGGAGAAAGAGAGAGAAGAAAAAGCCCAGCGGGAACGAAAGGAACGCGAGCGAAAAGAGCGAGAGCAGAAGGAGAAGGAGGAGAAGGAGCGGGAAGCCAAGGAAAAAGCUGCCCAGCAGAAGGCUGCGCGAAUCAAUCGACUCAGUGUGCCGACAUCGCCCAGAAAUAACGCUUCUGCCUCUAGUUCCAACGCCAGAACCAACGGCCAGCCGAAGAAAAUCCUCAACAAGCCUAUUCCUGUGUCGGCGGCUUCGUCUUCCAAUAGCGCCGUUAACGCUUCUUCGUCGUCCUCCGCAGUCUCUUUGCCUGCUCUUAAUACAACUCCUCCUCGGCCCUUGCAACAACCUCAACCUCAACAGCCUCAUCAGCAACAUCCGCCCCCACCUCUACAUGCUCAUCAUCAUCCACCGCGGCCUAUCUCACAGCAGGUUUCAGCACCAGGGACCCCCAUCGGUGCAAUUCCCCAACACAUUCCACAGUCUCCCAUGUUUGCCCCACCUCCUGGAAUGCUCCCCCAGCCUAUGUCACCGACGAUGCCUCAACGGUUUGGGCCACCUUCGCCAUUUGGAUUCGCAGGUCCCGCACCUAUGCAAGGCUCUCAUCCUCUUUCUGGAGGUCCUCAUCAGUCAAACAACCUCGGGCCCUCUGCACUUCCGCGAAACUUCGGUAAUCCUGGUGCACCUGUAGGAAAUGCACCCAGCCCGUUCGACCCACAAUCGUUCAACCGAGGUGUCUCCGGUAAUCCUCCAGCUCCGAUUGGGCCUCCACCCAAAUCAGCGGGAAUCCUUACGUCGUCGUCAUCGGCAGCACUAGCCAGCGGUUCCACCAUGUUACCACCUCAAGCACCUCGACGAUCGUCGAUCGGUGCCCCAGGUCCUAUCGGUCGCCCUCUCGCUCCGAUUGGUAGACCCUCUGUUAGUAAUAGCAGUGGCGGAGGCAACGCAGGCGAAAGUUGUCCCAGUUCGGGUUCUGGGUCACCUAUCAGGCGAAGUCCUAGUCCUAAAGGCUUUCUGGGGUCUUCAGCACUGGUGGCCGACGAAGAUGAGGUGUUGACUGCUGCGACGGGGAGAAGAGCGACUACUGCAGGUGCGAUAUGGGGGUCUUCAGCUGCCACUACGAGCCCAUCAAGGAGUGCAAUCGGGGAUAGAACACCUUGGGGUGCACCUGGUGGUCCGAUUGGUGGUGGAGUCAUGCCGCCAGGAAUGGCGCCUCCUUUCAGUGGUUCCGGUCGUGGUGUAGGUUGGGGAAACGCAGGAGCACCGAUGCAGAAUGUGGCCAUUCCAGGAAACCUUGAUUGGCAUCAGCCCAACAGUGGAUUCUACCAGAGCCCGUUUAUCUCUUCUCAUGAUGCGACGCCGCCUCCCCACUCUGGUUGAUUACAUUUCUAACCUUUAAACAUUUUUUGGCGUUCUCCUUCGUUCUGUGGCUCGUUUGCUCGUUUUUCUAAUGCUACGUUGACUACGACGCGUGUGAGAUACGAUUUUUACCACAUACAACAGCUCAUUUUCAUGAUGGCAUUAUCUUCCCUCUACUUUCCCCUUAUUUCAGCCCGUCAUCAAUAGCAACCACAACAAUCAUUUUAUAUCCGUUGUCAGAAUCCCAAUCAUAACAUACAUUAUUUGUUCCACU